GUAUCAGGCUGUUUGAUCGUUUGUAUCGACCGAGCAACAAGACUAGCAAAAUCACAACAAGGCGCCGGUAAAGAAUACGUUGCAAUUUUUCGAUUACACAAUGCUGUUGAAUCGGAAAAGAAGGUGCGUCAGGCACUGGAGAAAUUAACAGGCGCCCUGUUUCAACGUCCACCGCUCAUUUCGGCCGUCAAGCGACAGCUCCGAAUUCGAACAGUCUACGAGAAUAAAUUGGUCGAAUACAAUCCCAGUCAGAAUAUGGGCAUUUUUUGGGUGAAAUGCGAAGCGGGAACAUAUGUGCGAACAAUCUGCGUGCAUCUCGGCUUAUUGCUUGGUGUUGGUGGUCAAAUGCAAGAAUUACGAAGAGUUCGCUCAGGCGUUUUUGGUGAGGAUGACAAUUUGGUGACAAUGCACGACAUUCUGGAUGCGCAAUAUCUGUACGACCAUCAGAAUGAUGAGACUUAUUUGAGGAGAGUGAUCCGACCACUCGAAUCGCUUCUUGUUCAUCACAAGCGUAUCGUUGUGAAAGACAGCGCUGUAAAUGCAAUUUGUUAUGGUGCAAAAAUACUUUUGCCAGGAAUUUUGCGUUAUGACAAUGGAAUUGAACUGAACGAAGAAAUUGUCAUUCAUAAAAGCAGUCUCAUUUUAGCGGUGGCACUGAUGACCACGGCAACACUGACAAUAACAGAUCACGGUGUUGUGGCAAAAAUCAAACGAGUGAUCAUGGAGAGAGACACAUAUGCCCGCAAAUGGUGCCUCGGGCCUAUUGCAUCCAAAAAGAAAGCAAUGAUAAGUCAAGGUUUGCUUGAUAAAUACGGCCAUCCGAAUGACAAGACGCCAGAAGGUUGGCGCUCUUGCUAUUACGAUAUCAACGAGACGAAUUCAACAAAUAAAGCACAAGUAAAACAAGAAGUACCAGAGACCCCCAAGGAACAGCAGCGAAAGCCAAGAACUGUGAAACAGGAAGUGCCAGAGGAUGAGGAUGAUGACAACGAUGAUGAUGAUGACGAGGAAAGCAGCAGUAGCAGUAGCAGCGAGUAA